GUAAACGGUACUUUCCAAAUCGAACCAAAUUCCCAAAUUCCCAAAACGGUACUUUCCCAAUCGAGCGAAAAUUCCCAAAUUCCCAAUCGGCAUCUGGAAAAAUCCCAAUCAGCGUCCGAAUUUUUUCUCAAAACGAUCGAAAGUUUCGUAAAAAAAACCAACUUUCGGCGAGCGAACAAAGAAAAUCGUAUAGUUGUGUGUAACCACGCGCUCGAUUAAUUUCGGGUUUUAUUAUUCAGCGCAUUCAAUCAAUAUAGUUGUUACUGUUUCCGGUUCUUUUGCCAGGCAGCCAGCAUACUGUUUUACGUCGGUUUGUAACCUUAUCGUAGUUUGAAAUGAGUCAUAAUAGCAAAUAUUAUGCCAAAAAACCAAUCGGAACCAUCUAUCACAGGACACAUUGACAGCCCUAAUGAUGCUGUGCAGGGAGGGAUGCAAGCAACUGAGUGAUGAUCAAACAUCAAAGAUUGUUGAAAUUUUCACAAAAAUGAAAGAGAGAGACAUUGCUUUAAAAGAGAUUAAAACAACUAGUAAUUGAUUUGAAUGACAAAAACAUAGAAAAGUGUGGCGGCCUCCAAAAAGUUCAAAAUGAGAAAACGAAAGACAGAAAGCAAUACCUGGGAAAGUGACCUUAAAAGCAAGUGUACAAUUAGAAAGGACUUUGAUUCCAAAACCCAAACUAGUGUAAACACUAUAUCGGCUAGGGUAAGUCAAGAGACAUUAAAUUCAGACCAAACAAUAGCUGACUUGAACUCUGUUUGUGUCAAAAUUGAAACUGAUGAAUGGACAGCAUGGUAUACUCCGGCUUCUGAUUUUUAUUCCGUUUGUGCCAAAUCAGAACAGGAUCUAUGGGAAGAGAGACAUCCAGAUUGCAACAAACAAGAUGGCUUCACCUCUGAAUGUGUGAAAUCAGAACAGACGGAAUGUGAAGUUUUGCGUCAAGAUGUAGCCAGACAAGCUUGCUUCAAUUCUGUAUGUGUGAACAAAAACGCGACUUCCAAUUCAAAUGCACAAGAUGAGCUCCAUUCUGUAUGUGGGGCAACACAACAGUCUCUAAAUCCAAUUACAGACCAGGGUUAUAUAACAACAUAUGACGUCAAUAAUGAAUGUGGUAUAGCUAAACAGUAUAUAAAGACAGGAACAGACAAUGGAAAUACAACAGCAAAUGAUCACAAUGCUUUAUGUGAUCAUACAUACAUUUUGUAUUCAAAAACACCAGAGAAUCAAGCUAAACUGGCCGACCUUAAUUCUGUAUAUCUGACAAGGCAAGAGAUUGAACUUUCAAAUGUAGACGAAUAUUAUGCUAAAUCAGCUGUGGGUGGAUGGACAAUACAAAUGGACCAAUACUCCAACUUAAAUGUUCCAAGACAUUCAAACUCGGAAAAAGAUGGAGAGAAUGCUGUGACAAGGACUGCAUCUCCUUUCCUGGAACCAGCUAAGAAUAAAUUAGAGGAAAAGGGUGACCAUGUGAAGAAAAGAACGAAGAAAAAGAGGUCCCCAGAAAAAGACAAGACAUACAGGCUUCAAGAGAGGAUCCUAGCCAGCUGUAUGAACCUUGAACCUUGUGAUAAUGACCAUUUUCUCUACUGUGGAGAAUGCAAUAAGGAGUUUGAAGGGGACUGCCCUGUCCAUGGACCCUAUAACUACAUACAGGACAAAGAGGUGCCAGAAGAAGACCCUCUUAAAGCUGAGCAUACCUUGCCAGAUUGCCUUGAAAUCAAAACAUCCAAAAUAGCUGGAGCUGGUCUUGGAGUGUUUUCCAAAGAGGAACUGGAAUCCAGGAUCAUGUUUGGACCGUAUGGGGCAGAUAUCAUAACUGACAACCAUAAGUCAGGGUAUUGCUGGCAGAGGAAGAUCUAUAAGGAUGGCAACGGGAGUCACUUUGUGGAUGCCCAGAACAAAGCCACCUCUAACUGGAUGAGAUAUGUGAACUGUGCUAUGACGGAUGCAGAUCGGAACCUUGUAGGAUUGCAGUACAAAGGAGGCAUCUAUUACUGCACAUUGAAGCCAGUUUCACCAGGUGAGGAGCUGCUGGUCUGGUACAGAGAUGAAUUAGCCAGAGAACUUGGCCUCAUCGGACCCAAAAACCUGCUGAGCAGUUAUUCAAGUAAAGACAGUGGUAACUUUAAGGAACACAUGAGUGUACAUGCAGGAGAGAGACCGUACAAAUGCAAGGAGUGUGGUUAUUCUUGUGACACGAGUUAUAAUUUGAAGACACACAUGAGGAUACAUUCAGGAGAGAGACCAUACAAGUGUGAGGAGUGUGGUAAAGAAUUUAAGUUGAGAGAUCACUGGAAGACACACAUGAGGAUACAUUCAGGAGAGAGACCAUACAAGUGUGAGGAGUGUCGUAAAGCAUUUAAACUGAGUGAUCACUUGAAGACACACAUAAGGACACAUACAGGAGAGAGACCGUACAUGUGUGAGGAGUGUGGCUAUGCUUUUAACAAGAGUGGUGACUUGAAGAGACACAUGAGGAUACAUACAGGAGAGAGACCAUACAAGUGUAAGGAGUGUGGCUAUGCUUUUAACAAGAGUGAUGACUUGAAGAGACACAUGAGGAUACACACAGGAGAGAGACUGUACAAGUGUGAGGAGUGUGGCUAUGCUUGUAACAGGAGUGGUAACUUAAAGAGACACAGGAGGAUACAUGUAGGAGAGAGACCGUACAAGUGUGAUGAGUGUGGCUAUGCUUGUGACAAGAGUUAUAACUUGAAGACACACAUGAGGAUACAUACAGGAGAGACAUACAAGUGUGAGGAGUGUGGUAAAGCAUUUAAACUGAGUGAUCACUUGAAGAGACACAUGAGGAUACAUUCAGGAGAAAGACCGUACAAGUGUGAGGAGUGUGGCUAUACUUGUAACCAGAGUAGUACAUUGAAGACACACAUGAGGAUACAUUCAGGAGAGAGACUGUACAAGUGUGAGGAGUGUGGCUAUGCUUGUAACCAGAGUAGUAUAUUGAAGACACACAUGAGGAUACAUUCAGGAGAGAGACUGUACAAGUGUGAGGAGUGUGGCUAUGCUUUUAACAGGAGUUAUGACUUAAAAACACACAUGAGGAUACAUUCAGGAGAGAGAAUGUACAAGUGUGAGGUGUGUGGUAAAGCAUUUAAACAGAGUGGUCACUUGAAGACACACAUGAGGAUACAUAAAAAAACCUGCUGAGCAGUUAUUUAAAUAAAGACAGUGGUCACUUUAAGAAACACAUGAGGAUACAUACAGAAGAGAGACCGUACAAGUGUGAGGUGUGUGGUAAAGCAUUGAAACAUAGUAGUACAUUGAAGAUACACAUGAGGAUACACUCAAGAGAGAGACUGUACAAGUGUGAGGAGUGUGGUUAUGCAUUUAACCAGAGUAGUACCUUGAAGACACACAUGAGGAUACAUACAGGAGAAAGACCAUACAAGUGUGAGAAGUGUGGGUAUGCAUGUAACCGGAGUUAUGACUUGAAGAGACACAUGCGGAUACAUAUAGGAGAGAGACCGUACGAGUGUGAGGAGUGUGGUUAUGCAUGUAACCAGAGUUAUGACUUAAAGAAACACACGAGGAUACAUUCAGGAAAGAGACCAUACAAGUGUGAGGAGAUUGGUUAUGCAUGUUAGUAAAGUGGUGACUUGAAGAAACA